AUGGUGCGAAUAACUGAAGAUUUAGAGGAAAAGAAAAAAAAUAAAUUAAAACCUGUAAAAUUAUUUACAAACGAUGGAAGACCGUUAAAUAUUAAUCAAGGAAGGAUUCCAUUUAAAUUAAACGAUGAUGACGAAUCCGGUUGUAAAAUUUUAGAUGUUUCCGUUUAUAAGUACUUGGAUACUUCUCUUGUUAACGUUGAUCUACAUCCAAGAUAUGUGACCAUUAAUAUAAAGGGAAAAAUAUUACAAAUAACUUUCGAUGAAGAUAUUUGUGUUGAUAAAUCAUCUUGUCAAAGAUCUCAAACGACAGGUCAUUUAUUGAUAACAAUGCCAAAAGCUAAUGCUAAGAGAAUAUUUAGAAAUAGGACCACCAGUCCCAGAUAUGGAUUUUAG